UGUCACUACUUAAAACAACUGAGAAAACCUUAUGAAGAAUUGCGAAACCUCGAAAAAUGUAAAAAUAGAAAUAGUGAGUUAUGUAGACAAAGAGAGCAUAAAUUUGAAGAAAAUUUAAAUGAUUUAUUUGAUAUUGCGCAUGCAUCUGCUUUGAAUAUAAUAAAAAUAAAUGAAGAUAAAGAAUUUUUGAUUUUACAACGACAAAAAGGACGUCCUGGGUGUAUGCUUGGUACAGACGUAAAAUUAGCCGGGAUUGAAAAACGAAAACAUAAUCGUGAAAAAAAAAUACAUUGAAUUACAAGAAAAACCGUGUUCAUCGAAAUCUGAAGAAUUGAAUUUAAUUCCACAUCCAGUUCGGAAGAAGUAGAAACAUUUACAGAGAACAAAAAUUCAAGUUCAUCAACUUCGUGUGCAUUGCAAAUGAAAGGGGCACGAUUAGAAAUAUUAACACCUCGACUUUCUGCUGUACUUGAUAAAUGUAAGAUCAGUGAUAGAGAUGCUGUACAUUUAUUAACAGCCUGCGUGGAAGCAAGUUCUCUAAAUCCGUUAAAUUAUGUUAUAAAUCGAACUUCAAUUCGGCUAUCUCGUCAACGUUUUCGUGAGUUAAAUGCUUCUAGAAUAAAACAAAAUUUUUUCGACUUAAAUUUAAAAUUUUUAACUAUACACUGGGAUUCAAAAAUUCUUCUCGAUAUAACUGGUAAGACAAAAGUUGAUAGACUUCCUAUCAUUGCAACAGUUCCUAAUACUGAACAACUGCCUGGUGUUCCCGAACUUUCUGCGGGAACCGGUUAUGAAGUCUCAUCUGCUGUGUACGAUUCUCUCGAAGAUUGGUCACUUCUUCAUAAAGUACAAGCAUUUGUAUUUGAUACGACGGCAUCUAAUACUGGACGUUUAAAUGGUGCUUGUGUUCUUUUAGAACAUAAACUUGGUCGUGAUAUUUUAUACUUGGCUUGUAGACAUCAUGUUUUUUUAAAUUAUUCUCCAAAGUGUAUUCGUUGGGUCUAA